ACACAGUAGCGAACGUAGGAUAUUGCGCAAUUUCGUACUCCUGGAACUGGUCUGGCGACAUGGUGAUAAGCAAGGAUCGUAGUGGUAGCAAGAUGGUACGACAUGACCAAGAGAAGCACAAGAUUAUUUAUCCGGCCAGGACCAUACGACGGAAUCCAAGAGGCAGGAAACAUAUCCCUCGUCAAACCAAAUUUGUAAAGUUUGAAGCGAUCGUCCAACAGAUAUGCAAGGAUUUUGGAAUCAAGUACAUCUGGUUCGACCAAAUGUGCAUAAACCAAAACGACAAAGAAGAGAAGUUACGCGAAAUACGGCAGAUGCAUCGAAUUUACAAGCAUGCCUACUGCACUGUCGUCCUGGUUCCGGAACUUCACGUCGAGUCCGCAAAAGCAAAGUUCAGCAUGAUUCUGAAACAUUGGCGUUAUAUCACUGAUCUGGAUGCCCUGUAUACUUCUGAGUGGAUCACACGAUUAUGGACUUUAGAGGAAGCAUUAAUGUCGCCAAGAAUGCUUUUUGUUGGACGAAACGUGCACAUGUGGUGGUUCACAGUUCCAAAGGACAAUUUAGACUUGAAGCUAUUCUGUCAAGAAACGAAACGAUUACGGGAUAACAGACAACAGCACCAUCUUCAACGACGCGAUUACGAUGUCAGCACAGUUUUGUACCAUGCCCAUUUGCGCAUUAGUACCAAGGAACACGACCGAGCGUUUGCGCUUGCCAAUUUAUUUCCUCACAUUUUAGACCGUAUCGAUAUCAACUACGACCAACCUGUACUCGAUCUGUUGAUAGACUUGUACGGCCAUUUGGCGAACAUGGAUAUCUCUAUUCUCCGUUUCGGCAAACGCAGCGCCAGUUACAUGUUGCCUACAGAUGCAGACAACAAUGAAUCCCGCGACAAGAAACAACAUUACGAUAUUCCUAUACAAAAGCAUGACCUUCCUUCAUGGACUGGGGCAGCCGGGCAACAUAAGCCACGAGAACAAGCUACGAAUGCUAUCCCACUUUAUGCCGGUGAGCAAAAAUGA